CCUGGGGAACCUCGUCCAUCCACUCCAUCCACCCUCCCCCCUCCCCUCCCCAUUUACUCGCCUCACGAUGGCUCACUGUGAGCGGGCCUCCAAGCCCCUGCUCCAAUGCCUGCAGAAGACCUACACCAAGGGACUUCCGGGCCUCCAGCUGCAGUCCACCCGCGCCUUCCAGUCCACCGCUCUGGCUCGUGAGGAAGCCCAGGCUGAAGCCAAGAGCGUCCCCUUCCACAAGGCGCCUGAUCCGGCCCUGGUAACGAAUCGUCAACUGGAACGGCGACUGUUACGGCAAGGAAUUGCCCCCAUUGGAUCUCGUCGACGUCGUGCCGCUCUCCAGAACUCAGCCAACAUCCCCUUCGAGCAACUGCCCUACCAAUGUUUCCAGGAAGCACGCAAGGUUUUGGUCGCGGACCGCGACGAGAAGUUGCGCGACAUAACGGCGAUGAGUGAGAAGAUUGCAAGGCUCCAGGCUGUACCCACCCAGGAGGCCGGUGGGGAGCAGGUCAAGAAGUCCAAGCUCCGGGCCAUGGAGCUCCAUUUGGAGCAUCUCAAGAUUCUGGCCGAUAUCAACGACCCGCUCGUGAAGAAGAAGUUCGAGGAUGGAGAAGGUGAUUUGAGCAAGCCCAUUUACCGCUAUCUGGCCGACCGGAAAUGGAGAGAAUAUCGUCGCAAGAUCCUCGUUCAACGAAUCACACAAAUGAAGGUUAUUCCCGACGUCCUUCCCCACUGCGAUCCGAUCGUGGACACCAAGCUCUACUUCAACCGGAACCAGAUCCAGCCGGGAGAAUUCGUCAACGCCCAGGUCAGCACGACGGCCCCCAAACUCGACGUGCAGCUCUUCGAGGGUGGCGAGAAGCUCGUGACUAUUGCUGUGGUGGACUCGGAUGUGCCCAACGUGGAGAAGGAUGGAUUUGAUUUCAAGAUGCAUUACCUGGCCGUCAACAUCCCCAUCUCGGCCACAUCCACCAAGGUCGACCUGUCCCAGCUGUCGGCUGACUCGCAGGUGGUCCUGCCAUGGCUGCCACCGGUGGCCCAGAAGGGCAGCCCGUACCACCGGCUGUCUCUUUUCAUCCUCGAGCAGAAGGACUCGAAGCCAUUGGACUUUGCCGCGGUCCAGGCGAAGGAGACGGAGCGUGACAACCUGCUGCUCCGUACGCUGCAGGCUCGGUACCACCUGAAGGCGAUUGGCGCGCACCUGUUCCGCAGCCAAUGGGAUGAGACGACGUACGAGGUGAUGAAGCAGAUUGGCUUCCCCGAAGCCGACAUGGAGCUUCGCCGGAAGAGGAUCGAUCCUCUUCCUUACAAGAGGAGAAACCCUUCGACGUUCCGGUGAUCUGCUUGUAGCCUCUUUUUUUCGUUAACAUUUGGGCUUAGAUCUGUAUUGUACAAGAGAUGUAUGAAUAUGCACAAAUCCUCCAACUC